AUGCACGGUCUCACAGCCAUAACCCUCCUCGCAGGCGCUCUCAGCGUCGAAGCAUCUCCCCUCCAACACGCCAAGCGUGUCCUCAUGGGCCGUCUUGACGACGGCGCCCAUGAGAUUGAGCACAAGUUCCAGCCCCUCACCGACUUUGACACCGAUGGCUGCUACUACACUUCCGCCAUCGAUAAAGACGGCAACACCAACCGCGGUCUGAGCCAAAAGGAUGUCUACUUUAAGGGCCUCGCGGCUGAUUGUCGUGAUCCAAACCGUCUUGAGAACAACAAUGUUUACUCUCGACGUCGCUGUAACAAUGGUUGGUGUGCUAUUAUGUAUGAGUACUACUUUGAGAAGGACCAGAUUGUCUGGGGCACUAUCGGUGGAGGCAUAGGCAACGGCCACACCCACGACUGGGAAAACAUCGUAGUAUUCGUCCAAGGCGAAGACGUCAAGCGCGUUGCGCCCUCCUGCCAUGGCGACUACGAGCACGCCACCAACGAACCCCGUCUCGACGGCCAGCGCGCCAAGGUCGUGUACCACAAAGACAAGGGCGAAACUCACUGUUGGCGCAUGGCCAAUGAGGGAGACGAUGCUGUCGAGAACUACACUGGUCAGUGGUUCAUUGGCAACCUUGUUGGCUGGGACAACUGGCCUGUUGUCAACGGUCGAUCUCUGAGGGAUUAUUUGUACGAUGCUUGGAAUGGUGGUGUUGGACCCAAAUUCUGGGAUGCUGAGGAUAAGUUUACUGAAAACUUGAGGAAGGCUGCUGGUGAUGGUGCUCCUGGAUUUGAUCCUGCUGUUGAUGAGUAG